AUGUCUCCUCCUGCUGCCAUGUUCGAGCCCGUGACUGUUGCCCCUACCGGCAUCAAGGGCAAGGUCAACGUCCCUGAGACCGCGACUACCACUCUGACCGGCCAGGGCCAGUCUAAGCUCUUGGAACAGUUCGGUGGCAAAUGGGAUGAGUUCAAGUUCGCCCCUAUCCGCGAGAGCCAGGUCUCUCGUGCCAUGACUCGCCGCUACUUCCAGGACCUGGACAACUACGCCGAGAGCGAUGUUGUCAUCGUCGGCGCUGGCUCCUGUGGUCUGAGCACUGCCUACGUGCUCGCCAAGGCCCGUCCGGACCUGAAGAUUGCCAUCCUGGAGGCCUCCGUGGUGGUGCCUGGCUGGGUGGCCAGCUCUUCAGCGCCAUGGUUCUCCGCCGCCCCGCGGAUGCCUUCCCUGACUGAGCUCGGUGUCCCCUUCGAAGAGGAGCCCAACAACCCCAACUUCGUCGUCGUCAAGCACGCGGCCCAGUUCACCUCGACUCUUCUGUCGAAGGUCCUCUCCUUCCCCAACGUCAAGCUGUUCAACGCUACUUGCGUCGAGGACCUGAUCACCCGCCCAGACGGCGACAGCAUCCGCCUCGCCGGUGUCGUCGUCAACUGGACUCUCGUCACCCUCCACCACGACGACCACUCCUGCAUGGACCCCAACACCAUCAACGCCCCCAUCAUCGUCAGCACCACUGGCCACGAUGGGCCAUUCGGUGCUUUCUGCGCCAAGCGUCUGGUCUCCAUGAACUCCAUCGAGAAGCUCGGUGGUAUGCGCGGUCUCGACAUGAACGCUGCUGAAGACGCUAUCGUCAAGAACACCCGUGAGGUCGCUAAGGGUCUCAUCAUCGGUGGUAUGGAGCUGUCUGAAAUCGACGGCUUCAACCGCAUGGGCCCUACUUUCGGCGCUAUGGUUAUGAGCGGUGUCAAGGCUGCUGAGGAGACUCUGGCUGUCUUUGAUACCCGCAAGCGCGAGUGUGCUGAGUAA